GGGUCCCUUUUUUUUUUUCUUUUUUUUUUUUCCCCCUUUAAUUUGGCCGCUCUCCGGCCGCUCCGGACCGCCGCCGCCGUCACAGGGGAAAGUUGGUGCCCCCGGCCCGGGCGCGCAGGUGUCAGAAGUUCUGCCUGUCUUCAAAGAGGUAGAAGUACUGAGAUUCCCAUGAUGUAAGGGGCAAGUUCCUGGUGUUUGUAAUGCAACCUAAUAUGUCUGGUGCUUGGAGCUGACACACAGCUGGUGCCGAAAUUCUUUUGGGAACAUAACAGACUACCACGUUCACAGGAAGUUGAAGACAUCUGAGAAAGUGGCUUUGGCUUCAUCGGUAUCUGCAAAAAAAAGAGACCACCAUCUGAAACAGCCACGCACUAUAAUAGCUGCCAUGGCAAGCAAAAGGAAGUCAACAACUCCAUGUAUGGUGCGAACCUCAGAAGUAAUGGAGCAGGAAGUUCCUGAGCAUGGAGAAGCCCUUAAGGAAAGGAGUGCAGGCAUCUCACAGCAGGACUCUAAAGAUGGCUGGGUGGCUGAUACAGAAAGCUCUGUAAAAGAUUGUGAGGUGGUAGAGGGGAAACCUCCAGUUGAGAGUCAAUCUAAGAAGCUGCAAGGUGGUUAUGAAUGUAAAUACUGUCCUUACUCAACACAAAACCUAAAUGAAUUUACAGAGCAUGUUGACACUCAGCACCCAAAUGUCAUUCUCAACCCUCUCUAUGUGUGCGCUGAAUGUAACUUUACAACCAAAAAAUAUGACUCCUUAUCUGACCAUAACACAAAAUAUCACCCAGGAGAGAAUAAUUUUAAACUUAAAUUAAUCAAACGCAAUAAUCAAACUGUGUUAGAACAAUCCAUUGAAACAACAAAUGAUGUCCCUAUUGCAAACAGCGGCCUAGAAAAUGCGGAGUGUGAUGAAUCCCUUCAUGGUGGGAUCAGUGUAAGUAAAACCCCAAUCAUGAAAACAGGAAAACCAAAAGUGGAGACCAAAAAGGGCCCCAAGAAGCUGGAAGAGGGAGCUAUGGAAAACCAUGUGGAUGGGCACCUCCCCCAAGUCAUUACAGAAACCACCGAAUCUAUUGCUUGUAUCAAUGGAGCUGACCUGCUGCAUGACGUAUUGGCUCAUGUUAUGCCUUCUGUACAGCUGCCACCAAAUAUCAACCUUGUCCCCAAGGUCCCGGUCCCUCUGAACAGCACCAAAUACAAUUCUGCAUUGGACACUAAUGCAACCAUGAUCAACUCCUUUAAUAAAUUCCCUUACCCAACACAAGCAGAGUUGUCAUGGUUGACAGCAGCAUCAAAGCACCCAGAGGAGCAAAUCAGGAUCUGGUUUGCUACCCAGCGUUUGAAGCAUGGCAUAAGUUGGUCCCCCGAAGAGGUAGAAGAGGCAAGGAAGAAGAUGUUUAAUGGUACCAUCCAGCCAGUACCUCAAACAAUCACAGUGUUGCCAGCACCUCUGACAACUGCAAAAAUGUCUCAGCCAAUCAUCCAGACUGCUUUGCCCUGCCAGAUACUGGGACAGACUGGCCUGGUUUUGACUCCAGUGUCAAAUGGAUCGACAGUUUCCUGCUCACCAAUUACACUUGCUGUUGCUCCUAACCAAGGACAGAAACGGACAACACAAAACCUACCGGGCGCUCCAGAAUCCAAGCGCCCACAUGUAGUUCAGGUGCCUGAGGUAACGACCAAGGCAAACGCCGCAUCAUUGACACCAACAAAUGAGCGAAAAAAGACCAAGGAGCAGAUAGCAGAGCUAAAGGCCAGCUUUAUCAUGAGCCAGUUUCCUAACGAUGCAGAAGUCUAUAGGCUAAUAGAAGUUACGGGUCUCUCCAGGAGCGAGAUCAAGAAGUGGUUCAGUGAUCACAGGUACAGAAGUCAAAGGGGCAUUGUUCACAUCACUAGCGAAUCCUUAGCGAAAGAUCAGUUAGCAAUUGCAGCUGCACGCCACGGGCGUACAUACCACGCAUACGCAGAUUUCACCACCCAGAGGUUCAAAGAGAAAACGCAAGAGCAGCUUAGAAUCCUGGAAGAUAGUUUCCUUAGAAGUUCUUUUCCGACCCAAGGAGAACUGAACAGGCUUAGGGCAGAAACCAAGCUGAGCAGAAGAGAGAUCGAUAGCUGGUUUUCUGAGAGGAGAAAGCUAAGGGAUAGCAUGGAGCAAGCUGUCUUAGACUCAAUGGGCUCAAACAAAAAAAGCAAGGAUCGAGGCACCCACAAUGGUACAAUAAGCCAGAGUGAGCUGCUGAAUAGCUCCCACCUACCCAGUUCGCUAUCUGGAUCUUCCAUAGCAUUUAAUGAAAAAACCCAAGAACAAAUUCACCUACUGAAGAGCACAUUUGCAAGAACCCAGUGGCCAUCACCGCAGGAGUAUGACCAGUUAGCAGCACAAACUGGGCUCACUAGAACUGAAAUAGUCCGCUGGUUCAAGGAGAACAGAUCCUCUCUAAGAAUGGGGACAUUAAAAUGGAUUGACCAGUAUCAGCAGCAGUAUGUUGUUGAUGGUCAUAAUGAGCAAAGCCAGAAAAAGGGAUCAAAACGCACUGAGAGUCCAAAGAAUGGUAACGAGGUGUCUCGGCAGCAUUACCAGGAGCAUAAAAGGCUGAAUGAAGAGAAUGUGGGUAAACUAGUGGUGAGGUCUAAAAGAGACUGUGAACCACUGAGAGACUCUUUGUUAGGGAACCAGACUGAGGGCAUGGACAGAUUGGAGUGCCAUAGUCAAGAUGGUCAUGCUAGUGAGGAGAACGAGGAGACUGGAGAUGUGAACUGGGUGGAGGUGACAGUAGGGGAUGACGACGCUGUCUCAGACUGUACAGACAGCUGGAGUCAAGCAGCACCUGAAGGCCAAGCAGAGUUGGCAGAUUUUGAUUCUGAAAGUAUAUCUGGAGACAAUUCCCACCUUUAGACAGGUUCAGGAAUCCUGGCAGCUGAAUACAUACAAGCGGCUUUGUUGUGAACUUGUUUUGCUCUCUGAAUCCACAGUGCAAGUCCAUGUUUGUCAUUACUUAGAGAAAUUUUUGCAAUAAACUAAGGACAACCAAGCUCAGAAAAAUGAUAUAUUCUUUGUCCAUCCUUUAACAAAAAUAUAAGACAGAUGCAGUGUGGGAUGUAUGCUUCAUAGCCUGCCAAGUUACCUGUUGUUUUUCAAGCAGGCCACUGGGUUUUGAACAUUUCUGCAGGUUUUUCUGAAAAGCCUGACCAGAAUGGGAAAUGAUAGUGCAGGGCAAUUCCUCUGAAAGCUUUCAUCACCAAGUGCUGCUGAUUGUCAGAACAUUUGACAUUUUACUUAAAGCCCAGUCUCCUAGAGUUGUUAUAGCAUAAGGAUCUCAGCUUUUCAAUUUUAUUUUUUUUUUAAAUAGUAAUUUUCUAGCCUUCCUGGGUGCCUGCAGAUGUGCAGGGCCAUUGCUCCGACACACUAUAAUUACAGCACAUCAGAGCAGACUUGAUUAACAGAGUCUGCUGGAGUACACUAAGUAGCAUGCUCCAGCAGCCUCUGUAUCUCAUAUAUUCAACAUCUCCAUGCUUCAAAACGGCAGUAGCGGCACCUCAAAGCUUGUCGAAUGAGCUUCAGUCAAAGAGCCCCCUCCCGCCAUUUUGAAGUGCAGGAUGCUGAGUGCACCAGAAGCUGCGGGCACUUUAAUUAGAAUAGCUCUAAUUAAAGCACUACUCCCCACCCCUCAAAGCAUGAGUAAAGAUGCCCCGUGUUUUUGGAGAAAAAUCAUGAACAUGGAAAUGCUAAUGGGCGCAGUGAUCAGAAGGAAAAUGAAAAGAACCUAGUUCUGCAAGUGUCGUGUUAUUUAAGGCUACCUCAGGUGAUUUUGGAACUUGAUUCAUGCAUUUUAAACACAUGGUCAUAGUGGGAUAGUGGCAUUUUGCAUCAGAUGUCACGUCAUCUAAGUUUUGCAUUAUGUUGUUUAGAUUUCUAUGUCAAUUUUUUAAAAGUGCUUUGCAAACUUUUCCCACUAUAUAGUUAACAAAUGUAAAAGCACCUUUGGACAGUUCAUAUUAUCAAGUGAGACUCUCCCUAGUGCAAACAACUUGCACUACUAAAGCCCCUACUCUCAGGCCCCUGUCUCUCUCUAGAAAGUAUUUGCUUUUGAUCUCAUAGGGACAGCAUGCUUGUUUAACACAAACUAUGUCAUUGAGUCAUUGCUGAGAUCUGUAUUAUAAUAAAGAGUGCGAUUUCUCCUA